CACAUAGACAGUGUAGCAAGGAACAAUCCUCAAAUAGACAUCCACAGAAUUUAUAAACAUUUCUGAGCAUAACUGGACUAAGAGUACGGAAGCAGAUAUUUCAUUUUUCAAGCAGAUUGCGGGAACUUCAGCACCUAUGAAAGGAGUAUCUAUUUGAAACAAACAUCAACAGUUGAGAAAAGCUCCACUCUUAGAUUGUCAUCAUGAAGUUACAUGUGGCACAUUUUUUUGCUGUGCUCUUUGGUGCCUUGGCAACUCUGUUCAUUCUCUUGUCAUUUAAAACAAACUAUUGGCUCUUGGUGUCAGAGGCCUGCAAGCCACUUUCAGAUGGACCGGAUACAUUGAAGCAAAGUGAUGUUUUGGUCAAGAACAUAACCUUUUCCCAUGAAGGUUUCAUGCGGCGCUGUACCUUUAAUGAUGAAAUGAAGGACAACAACCUGUGGAUGUUUUGGUUGGAAAAGGAAGGUAUGCAUGUAAAGGUAUGCACACCUGCGUAUCUUCUUCCCUUUCCAAUCCCUGAUGAGACCUACAACACCACCAGCUAUACGUCUGCCAUAAUCUACAGAGGCUUCUGGAGUGUCUCAAUGUUGAUAGGCGUGGCCGCUGUGGUUGUUGGUGGUUUCAUUAACAUUUGUGCUGCUCCAUUUGCUUGUCAUUGCCUUUAUAAAACAGGGGGUGCACUCUAUCUCAUUUCUAGUUUUUUCCUUCUUGUUGCAACUGUGAUGUAUGUUAUUUGGGUCGAGAUUUUGGAUGUAAUGAGCUUGUAUGUGGAUUAUCAAAAGUCAAAUAGGUGCUCAGACUAUGAGCUCAAUUGGAGUUAUGGCCUCUCUUUCAUGUUUGCUCCUGUGGGUGUGUUCUUCUGUCUACUGUCUGGUCUUCUCUUCCUUGUGAUUGGUCGGACAGUCCAACAUAAUUACCUCUGAACCCGAUGAUGACAUUUAUAAUUGAAAACAGAGGAAUACAAUUUUAUCUUCAAAAUACAUGUCUGGUGUUGAAAGAAAACAGGUUUGGCCCCUUUGCAGUUUAUGAUCUUUAAACCUUGAGGUUGCAUUAGCUUUAUCACAGGUUGGAGUUAAGAUAUUAUAGUUUGAUUUGAAUUUGCCUUUGAAUUCUGCACAUCUUGCUUCAGUAUGUUGGCAUUCUGUGUACUGUUAGCAGUACUGAAAACAUGGAUCAUGGAUGGUUUGGGAUCACCUCAUGUAUGCCUGUGUCUUUGUGCAAGUGUAAUACUGUACAUAUCAUUACAAAUAUGUAUAUUAUGAAAUGCUGCAUUUUAUAUAAUGCCUGGAUUAAAAACCAAACAAAUGGAACAUGUGCUAAAGGUAGACUUCAUUGUGCCUGCCUGAACUUUGCUCGAUAUAACUUAAAUGUUUACCCCCUUGUGUUUUGAUUAGGGAUGUCCUGAUUCCAAUACUGGUAUCAGAAUCAGGUCUGAUAUUGGGCUUAUGUAGUUGUACUCAUGUUCCUAAAAUGCUCUGUUCCAAAAAAUCGUACCGUCUGAUGUACGGAUGUCAAAACAGCCAGGGUUUCCACCCGGCCCGUAAAAUACAGAAUUGUCCUGUUUUUAAAGAUGAAAAGUAUUUGUCCCGUAUUUUAAGCUGGUCAGAUGGCAUCAUGGUGAAACUGUUCAAGAUCAUGAUUAAAACCUUGAUGUUCAUUGCAAAUGUUGCCUAAUGCAUCUAAAAAAAUCCACACAUAUUGCUAACAUGUCCUAAUACUGUCAUGGGACCGUCUGAAAAGUCCACAAAAGCAACUACUGCCAUCGCAACAACAUCUAUUCGACUUUAUUUUUAUUUGGCUUCAAUUGUGAAAGUAGAAGUUAAAUGUUUCUAAAGGUGUUUAGGCUAUUAGAUUUUUCCUAACAAACACUACAGUUUAUCUUUAGAAAAGACUGUCAACAUUAACCUAACCACAGUAAUGUGAAGCCACCCAUGAUAUUGCCCAAUGACUUUGUCAUGACAAAUGCCACUGUUAAACAAUGAUAGAAUAAUGUUAAACUUUCAAAUCAAGUACAAUUUGAAGGGGCUGAAAUUAUGGAAAUAUUAUUGACACAUUUUCCUCAUGUUCUAUCUGUUCUAACUGGUGUUUGCCUUUGGAUAUUUUAUAGGUUACUUAAACCAUUAGUCCAAUGCCCUGCUGAACUCACACCAUUCUUGUUUAAAUAAAAUGUCCAAACAAAUGCAUGCAGUUACAGUCUCCGGUUACCUUGAUCGCUUUUUGCGAGGUGGGGGAUUUUGGCUAGUAAUAAUGCUAACUGGCUAGUGACCUUGGAAAACUACUUGCCACAGUGAGCCUAAAAGUUAUUUACAAACCCUGGUAAUAUUCACUGUAAUACUACUACUGCUAAUAAUAAGAAUAAAUCAAUAAUAACUAUAUGAUAUUGCUAUGAGGUUCUGUAUAAAAUUAUUUAAUUUCAUAAAAAAUAAUACAAUAUUAUGUUGAAAGUGAAGUGUUCUAUUUUUAUUUGAUUAUAGUUGUAAUUAAUUCAUUUAUUUAGAAACCAUUUUGAUAACAUUUAAAUAAACUAUUUUUGAAUUUGGAAUUCUGAAAAAAUAAAACAAAGAAACAGUAUACUGGCAUGUGUAUUGACAAGGAAAUAUCAGUACUCGUACUCGUUCUCCAUAAAAUUGUGUCGGGAUAUCCCUUGUUUUGAUAGUUUAUUUAUAGACUAAAGUCUUUAUUUUUCACUAUUUUUAUAACAGGGUAACAUUCCACCUCAAAAUUAAAAGAAAUGAGAAAAUAUGCCUUACUUAAAGACAAUUAAACCUAUUUUAGGAACCUUAUUUGCAUUGUGAAAUUCUUCUGAUUAUGGUGUAAUGUAGCCCAGACAUAUUUUUGAGAG